GCUGCUACUUACUGCCACCGCCACAGGCGUCGCUUCUGUGCCUGCGUUCGAGAUACAUAAGUUCCCUCGCAUUCGUCCGCCGGGCUUCUUGUGCGAGUGAUCGGAGCCAGUGGUCUGCUGCGUUCCUAGAAUCAUCCAUCUGCAUUUCCUACACAGUGUGCCAUCAAUGUCUGUGCCACCUGACGACCCCGAGUGGGUUCUCCUCAACGUGGGCGGGAAGUACUUCACCACCACCAGGACCACGCUCGCCACUGCGGAGUCCCAUUCCAAGCUAGCCGGAAUCUUUUCCGAAGAACCACCCUCAGAUGCCCUCGCAGUCAAGCGAGACGCGCAAGGCGCCUACAUGUUCGACCGCGACCCGGUCUACUUCAAGCCGCUGCUCAAUUACCUCCGCUACAAGAAGCUCGUGCUCGACAAAGGGGUGUCGGCAGCAGGUGUUCUGGAAGAAGCAAAGUACUUUGGCAUUGAAAGUUUAGUCCCCGACCUCGAAGCCAUGAGCCAGAAGGAAGAGACGGAGCCCAACAGAAACGUCGCCGAGCCCGGUUUCGUCUUGAACCGCUACCGCCCACUGACUCGGGAUGACGUCGUCCACGCCCUUACGAGAAUGCCCAUUGCCGAUCUUCGUUUCCAGGGCGCAGGCUUCACGGGCGCCAAUCUCGCUGGCUUGGACCUGAACGGCGCCAACUUCAAGUGGGCCGAAAUGAGCUUCUGCAACCUGUCCCACGCCAACGUCAGCCACUGCAACUUCGAGGGCGCAGACUUAAGAGGAGCCAACCUCGAGAAAGCUUUGCUUAACGGGGCAAAGUUGAAAAACGCCAACUUGUCGGGAGCCAACUUGAGGUUUUGCAUCUUUGGACGAGAAGGCGAUACCUCUACUAACAUGGCUAACCUCGAAGGGGCAACCCUGUUUCAUGCCAUGCUGGACGGCAGCGAGAUGUACGGGGUCAACCUCAAGGGAGCGAAUCUCAGGAGAACCAGCAUGGUACGCUGCGACAUGCGCCACGCAUGCCUCGUAGACGUCAAGCUGUCGGAGUGCGACUUGACCACCUGCCAACUGGAAGGCGUUCUCCUUGAAUAGUGGUUGGCGACCUGCGUAGACGUGUUUCCGUGAUCUCGGCCGAACAGGCGUCCGACACCACAAUCGACCAAAUGCAAUCACUCCAGUAUACGGCACCAGGAAAUGACGUGCUUGCUUUCUUUUAAAAAAUUUCACCCCUACGGUGUUCAUUGUACGCGGGCAAAGUGAAUAAACCUACGAAUGUGUACCUUUU